AUAACAGAAACAGCAAAACAACCAAAAGCAACAUAAAUCUAAACCCAAAUUGCAUGUCAAAACUCAUAACACAUACCAAAAUCCUACAUCUGUUAUGUUGUGGUUGGUUAGUUUUAGCUUCAGUAUAUAUCCACAUGCCACAUUGUUUGAUCACAUCCAUUUCAUUCCCCAUCUUCUCUCUUCGUUUAUAUCUAACAAAUAUUUAUUAUUAUUAUUAUUUAUUAUUUUUAAAUUUUCAUGGCUUCUUCAGAAGGACCCGACCCGGAUCCUCAUCUAAAACCACAACACUCCACCACCUUCGUGCAAGCAGACCCUUCUAACUUCCGGGCCGUCGUCCAAAGACUCACCGGAGACACCACCCACAAACUCCCAAACUCCAUCCCCUUCCGCCACGCCGGAAAACCCACUGCUCACCGGAGAUCCGGUUAUAAACUUCAAGAACGAAGGAAAAGUGUUAAGAAACUCGAGAUCACUCUCAGCAACGUAUCACAGCCUGUCUGUUUCAUGUCUCCGUUGGUGGUGGAGAGAGACAAGAGUGUGGUAGGGUUUGUCGGUGGGGAUGGUAAGAUGGUGGAGGAAUCGCCGGUGUCGACGCUGGCUGUUUGUGCAAGAGGGAGCCCAGGAACGCCGAUGGAAAAAGAAGGAGAAGAAGAGAAAGCCAUUGCGGAGAAAGGUUUUUACUUGCACCCGAGUCCGAUUCGAGAACCCGAACCCGAACUCUUAAUUUUGUUUCCGCUCACGUCGCCGAAGAACGAUCCAUCUUAUUCUUCAUAAAAGCGUCACAGUCGUUUUAAUCAUUCAUUGUGCUCAUGUGAUUUGACUCGUUAAGUAUACAAUAAAUUAACAAAAUAAAUUUAUACAAAAUGAUAAUUAAUAAAUAAUUGCAUGUUACGUUAUGUA